AUGGCAGUGUUGUGGCUGCUUGGUAUGGGCGUGGCUGUGCUGGCGAUCCUCCUGCACUAUGUGUACAAGGCCUUCAGCUGGCAGUCCACCACGCCAAAGCGUUCCAUGAGCUGCUAUGGCCCCCAACAACAAAUCAAGAAGACAAUGAAGAAGCAAGACAGUGUGGUGGAUGUGGUGCCCAAUUGGGUCCUUGCGCUGGCCUUCCACAAGUGGUGGCAACUCCUCAAGUGGGGUGACUGGAUGCCCAAUUUGCCUGUGGCCUGGGCCUUCUUUGAAAAGAACAGCCCCAAAGGUACCACUGAAUGGUGGGACAUUACCCUACUCAGUGACCAGCUUGAGUGGGGUGGGAGUGGCCUAUCACAGGCCAGUGAGAAGGUCCUGGCCAAGGCCAAGCACCUCAAUGAGAAGGCCAACAAAAAGUACCAGGCCAGGCGCUUUGAAGAGGCCAUCAAGCUCUACACCAAGGCCCUGGAGUUGCCCCUGCUGCCCAAGGAGGAGCUGUGCAGAAGAUGCAAUCAGGCCAAUGGAGUCAAGACAUGCAGUGGGAAGGUGGUGUACAACUUCAAUACAUCGACCUGCUACGCCUACUCUGGCUACUACUUGGCUUCUGACUUCACCAACCUGUUCAUCCAGUAUGUCAACCAGCCUGGCACUGUUGGCUGGGCGACCUUCUUCUUCACCAGCAAUCAGUGCUUGAGCUCCACCCUCACCAGCAGAAUUGGAAAUUACACCCUGGGCUGCUUUGAGGUCAAGGGUCCACACAAGACCAACCACCACUUGUAG